AUGGGUAGAGUCUCGAGAGCUGGCCGAGAGCUGGCCGAGAGCUGGCCGAGAGCUGGCCGAGAGCUGGCCUAUGGACACAUUCGGAACCGGUGGGGUGUCCCCCAAAAAGAAGGUUGGACUGGGGUUUAUUAAUAAUUAUCCAGCAAAGACAACAUAAAAAUCAUCACUAACAUAUCUCUGCGACAUUAUAGGUUGAAUUCACACAAGUGCAUUACAUCGAUUUGAAUAACAUAGCUCAGUUUGUGCAAAGUUUCACAAUUGCAAUUUGCGUGCUCUUAAAGAUGUCAACCUUCUGUGUGGUCAGCCACUAUUUGAGUGCUAAGGCGUCCCCUGAAUGGAGUUUAAGCUUGGAUUUCAGAACCCAGAAAAAGCUGUGUCCCUUCAAUAGAGGUAACAGAUACAAAAAUUAUGUGGGCGUUUUUCCGGGACCAAAUUUUUUGUGUUCCUUGAACAGAGGUGCCCCAAAGGAGAGGUUUCACUGUGGUGGAGUAAGAGAGCGAGAAAAAAAAACAAAGGAGGGAAAGAGGGAGAGCUCUCGCCUCCUACCCCAGCCCCUCGCUGGGCACAAUCUGAACGUCUGGAACAGUUAACAGGCUAGUCAAGAGCUCGACUUUUCCCACGGCCACACCCACUUUGAAAAAGAAAUUUACAGAUGCAUUUUUAAAGCAGGAAAUCAUGUGGAGUUUUUUAUUAUUUAUUUUCCAGUAGAAUGUCGCAUAAUUCGCGCACUUAAGGCAUUAUAUCUCGAUAAAGGACGCGCGUAACGUAGACCAUAUGGGGCAACAAACUCUUUCUAUCGAUUUUAGAACAACAUUCGUGUUUCCGUGAAAUUUUUCAAAACAGUACAUUAUGCUACCGUGUUCGAGAAGUAAAAUUUUAUUUAUUUUGAUUCUUGUCGUCCUUUCUGUAAUGUUUGUUUGGUAUAAAAAAUGUUUGUUCUCCAAAAUCAGCUAGCCUUUUUCUCAAAAUCGAGUUAAUGUAACUCUGUCGUGUUAGAUUUCUCAAACGGCACCGGCUUUUGAUUUCCAAAAUUUGUCGCGUUUGAUUUCUCAAAUGGAACUAAAUCAUUAUGAUUUCUUAAUUUGAAACCUUAGCUGUCGACUUGAAUCACCGGGCGAUAAAUCGCGUAUAUCGUUACUGUAAAAAAAAAGGUGGUUCAAAAUACAGUUUCGUAUCAAACAUAAGAGAUCAAUACAUGAAUUUCCAUGCUUCAAGUCACGGGCCGAGGUUCUUGGUUUUCAUUCUCAAGAAGUGGACUGCGGCUUAAUAGAACGCAUACUGUGUGGCAAUAUUUUUACCGCUUUCCUUGCGAUACGCAAAAAAAUUUCUACCAAAAAAGCUGCAGUAACAUUUGAUUUGCAAUGUUAUAAUACGUAUCGAAAUACGUUCAGUUUAACAAACAUCGUCAUUUACGAGAAGUGUCAACGUAUGAACUUUAGCAUGAAUAACACCCUGGCUUAAAGCACUGAACUGACCACACAAGAGCAAUUAUCAAUUAUUAAAAUGACAAAACUGUUACUACUUGGAAUAAAUACAGCGUUUGGUAUUUUUAUUUUAGAAUUUCUUUCCCCUGUAUUUUAAAUCUCGCAAACGCAGGAAACUUGUAUGCACUUUCUUAGAAUCACAAAGAGUAACCCCACAGAAAAGAAACUUGACCGGUCAAUCGCAAAAUAUAAGAAAAGUCCCCCAACAGCAAAAUUAGGCAAUGUUCACAUUAUAACGGAUAGUAGUUUUUCGUGCCGACACUAAAAUCUGUCCGGUUUUCUAUAAACACCUCUCCGUUACAGAAAUCUUGCCAAAACCACUGUUCUUAUGUGCGAACAGAAGCCCUCUCCGGUAAGGUUCUCGUUCUGGCGCAAACGCUAUCCAUAGGGUGAAAAUAGUCUUAAACUCCCGCAAAAAUAAAGUGCCAAGUGAUAGCUCCUUGAUCCAUUUCAAUCGCAAGACAGAAUUUCAAGGCCAGCCUUCACAAAAGGUCUUCUAUCUUCACCUCUUAAUUCUACUGAAAUCUGGCACGGCUAUCACUGGGUGUGGGCGAUGACCUCAAGAUAGGCUUUUGCAUGGUCACUAUUUCUAAGUGAAUCGAAUGUUUUCGCAGUCUUGCGUUGAUUUAAACUACGAGAGACGGAUUAUCCAUGUUAGUCAAACUUGGGGAAGUAUUUUUAGGUGGGAAUGUUUAGGGGGAAUUCGUUGAACCUAAAGCUUGGAGCAUCCCUCUUGCUGACCGUAUCUACUUUUCUGCCUCGCAAUCCCGGGUUGGUGGAGUUGGGCUACUGGCUACUGAUCCGCAAGGAGUUCACAAACUCACGACUACGUUUCGGACCGAUUUCUGAAAGUAUACUUCAAAUGCAACCAUCUGGUAGCAACGCGCCCGCGCAAACGGGGCUUAAUAUUAAAGGUGAAUUUUAUAAUUCUGACAUGAGAUUAUUUCGUUUUAUUGAUUACAUUCCCCUAAGCGUGAAGGAGUUAUAUAGAAAUCGGUCUAUAUUUUCACCGAUGGUUUCACUGAAGAUAGCGACGGCUUGCCGUUUGAACUAUAUAUAAUCAGCUAGAGAAAGCUGUAAAGUGAUUCCACUAAAUGUUUCAUUGAAGACCUUAGUGAUGAGAAUUAACCCCCCAAAACGGCAUCUCUUCCCUAGAGCACUAUGAGUUUACUUCAUAAUAGUUUCACUAUCAGUUGUGUGGGUUGAUGCUUAGGCUCAAAACUAUACCAACUUAAAACUUGCUCUGGUAAUUCACGACACGAAAACAAUCAAAUCCUUACCUUGGUUCCUGUCAACAACAGAGGGGCUACUAAAAAUUUAGUGUUUAACAUUGGGAACGGAGUUAUUACUUCAUUCAAGAGGUACAAAAUAAUCCCUAAGCAUCCUAAGUGCUGGAAGUACCUUUUCGCUUCAGCGAGUCAGCCAAAGAGCUUUCUAUCUAACGCAUCUUCCUUUCCCAUUUUUAUUGGGCUUUCCUUUCCUUAAUCAACAUUGAAAGGAACUAUUUUGCCUUUUUCAUUCACGACCAAACAAAGACGAAGACGGUAGCGUAAUUAGAAACUAAACAGCCAUACCCAUACACAACAUACUCCUAUAUAUUAGGAGUUAUGAAGAAGUUAGGAAACAAAUUUCAUCAGGGAGAGCACUAACCAUUGCUUUAUGCAGACAUAAAAUUAAGACUUCAAAAGGCUGGAACAACUUUUUAAAGAGUAUUAUUUCUGAAUGCCUAAAUAGAAUCUUAAAUAACAAAAUUGGACCAUUCUUUUUGAAAUUCAAUUGAUGCAAAGACUCUGAAAAGACAAGUCGGUUUAGCUAUUAAAAAUCUGAGAGAGCACUAGCAAAAGGCAAUAUAGCGGCAACAUUCUAAUUACUGAGCAAGCAGAAAAAACACAAGCACAAAACUACAUUCAAGCAAAUUAAAUAAAACUACCAGAAAAAUAGAUUAAUGAAUUUUACAGGAAAAUGUCAUGGCUGGCUACAUGGGCAGCCGUUAUCAGUGAAAGAAUUCAGACUCAUAGUUGCCUUGCUCCGGCCUUGUCUUCGGGCGAAGGCAAUAAAUGUUCCCAGUUUAUAGUUAGUUGUUAGAAAGUUUUCCAGUUGAGAAUAUAUUUCGACACAUUAAAGAAUCUCUUAACCUUGGAGACCUUCUUCCUCUGAUCAGGCUAGCACUCAUGAACAGAAAUUAAAAUGGAGCUGAAAGGAAGGCCGACAACAUACAGAGUUUGCGACCGAGGAAUGUAGAAUUGUUAGAGAGAAUUAAAGAAGAAAUUAACUUAGUCUGGACCGUCAACCCACCUCAAAGAUUCUAGUGCGAGAGCAAGGUAACAAAUACCCUGCGAGCAGAGGCCCUUCGAUCUUCCUAGAUAAGUCGGGAAGAGGAAGAGAGGAAAUCAAAGAAAGUCGAGGAGGCUGGCAGCGGUCCCUUCCUCUUCCCGACUUGUCUAGGAAGAUCGAAGGGCCUCUGCUCACAGGGUAGGUAA